AUGGCAAAUCGAACCUUACUGGAACUGACUGCACUGGUGUUGCACUGGAUUCUACAGAAUUAUCUGGGCAAAGAUGCAGAGACAGACAAAACCAUCAAAGUAUUCCAUCCUCAUGCUCCUUAUGCCUUGGUGACCAUCCUUCCUGACAUGAUUCAAAAGUGUUGGUGGCUUGCAUUCCUUAUGGGUCUGUUCAUUAUCGGUUUCCAAGCUCUGGACUGUGACUUCUUGAAUGUUAACCUCAAUAGGGUCAUCUGGAAAAAUAUGAAACUUCUGAGAAAUGUGAGCCAUUCAUUUCCUAUAGGGUGUCUAAGAGAAAUCAAAGAUUUUGAGUUACCCCAAGAGAUCCUAUCACACACCCAGAUGGAGAAAAGGGACAUCAAGGAAGCUUGGUAUGAAAUAUCCACACAGGCCUUCUAUAUCUUCAUGGAACAUGCCUUCCAGCCCACUUGGGAAGAGAAACAUCUGACACAAAUUCUAAACGGACUUUAUGAGCAAGUGGCAUAUCUGGAACAAUGCCUAAAGGAAGACAUACAUGAAACCAACGAAGAGGAGAUGAAGCACUCAGGCACUGGGGGCUUCCUGCUCAACAACCUAGAACUGAGGAAGUAUUUCUACAGGAUGAACAAUUUCCUGGAAGAUAAGAAAUACAGUCACUGUGCCUGGGAGAUCGUCCGAGUGGAAAUCACAAGAUGUUUCUCCUUCUUUUACAGAUUCACAGCAUUUCUCAGAAGGAGAUAA